AUGCCCUUUGUCCGAGUAAAGGUGGAGGACUGCUACCGAGACGACCGGUAUGGGUAUGAAGACCAUGCGGCCAAUAUACGCCGCAACGCAGAUAUAGCGUGGAGGAGAGAUGGAGGAGUCUCGAAAGAAUGUUCAAGACUGUAUCUUGAAUACCUUAAGCGGGAGAAAGUCCCCAACAUCAUGGAGGAACGGAGGAAAAGAAAUCAGAACGUUGCCAUCAUCCUCAGAAGGGUGUUAACAACUAAGGGUGGGAGAUCAAGGCUGUCGACUCCACUGUUUGACAUUUCGUCUCUAGCCCCAAGUCCAGUUAGUCAUAUUAGCAAUAGAUCCUCUUCAUCGCCAUCGCUCGUCACCAUCGCUCGGCACCAUCUUUUGUGGCAUUGCCGCCUAUCGUGCAACUGUUCAAGAUGGGGUCACAAAGAAAGCCAUGUGGCAGGUGCUCAAAAACGGUGGUUGCUUCGAACUACGCGCGGCAUCUUAGUGCUUGCACAAAAGGCUUCAGAGCAGAGAAAAUACGUUGUCCAGCUAACAACACUGAUAGGGCUUACUUCUGAUUCUGGCCAUGAAGAAACGUUCUCAAGAGACGAUACUGUUAGCGUGCCAAACACCUUGUUGACCCAUCUCACAUUGCCAGUUCAGUUCCCAGGUCUUCGUUCUCAAGAAUCUAACUGCAUUUUCGCCGAACACAUUAAAUUCCUUGAGAAGUUAAUGCAACAUACUCGACCUGCAAAGCCAGACAAGUGGCUUUCUAUGCUUUCGGGGCAGUCGACAACUGAACUGUCUAACCAUGCCUGGGCUCAAGGAGAGAUCAAUUACACCUUGGCAUUGGAGGAGAGGGAUCUUGAUGUGGCCCUUAGAGCGGGACUGCAGCACCCUGUUCUAAUCCCAGCUGAAUCUCCUCUUGGGAAACAGAAACUCCAUCUCAACGACUCAACCCAAAACCUAUCGGAUUUAACCCUUUCACAGCUGCUUGAUCUUUUGUUAUGGGAUGAUGAUUUGACAAUUGAUGUUCAGGAUUUAUCAGCCAACGAAGUGAAAGAUCUCACAGGUCUGAAGACUUGCAAAGAGGUUAGAGAGCGCUUUGCAGUUCCACAGGAGCAAAGGGCAAUACCAAUCAAUUGUCUUGAGGUCAGGGAUAGCCUUUUUUCCAAUUUUCCAGGUCCACCUUUGCUUGAGAGCCUGGAUUUUCUCGAGCGCCUUCAAUCCGACCCCAACCCAAGAAUUGAAUUUGCGCAUGGGAAUCGGUGGAGAUCGCACCAGUCAGGAAUGGCACGCAAGGACCACUUGGCAUCCUGGGUCCCUGGCUCUAAGAGGUUAGAUCGUUGGCUGUUAAUGAGUGAAAAGGGUGCUGUCAGCAAGGACCACGUUGAUGUCGUUGUAGCGACCUGGAUCCGAUGCAUUCGUGGGGAAAAGAUUAUCUGGUUUCAGAAUGGAUUGACUGAGGUUGACCUCAGUGUAUGGAAAAUGGCUGAUGAUCCUCGUGAAUAUGGCCAUCCCUGGGCAGCUAUAAGGCUGAGGGAAGGUUACAGCAUCAUAUUUCCACCGGGGUUUAUACAUGUUGUGAAGACUUCAGAGGACAGCUUAUGUGCUGGAGGGCACUUUCUAAUCCCGGCAAUGAUGGAUCGAGCAAUUACGACGCUAAAGACGCUUGAAGUUAAGCCAUACUUGACCAACGACAAUAUCCCAGUGGACAUAUUUAAAGUCAUCUCUGGCUUUACUGAUAAUCUCCUACGAGGAUAUUCUUACGAGAUCUCACCCCGGCAGCUGGCUCGUUAUGUACGGGCUCUGGAAGACUAUGAUGAUUCCAGUACUCUCUGUCAGUCACGCGAGGAUGAGGGCCACAUAAACGCAAGAAAAAUUUCCUCAACUGGUUGA